AUGGUAGUUUUUACACAGCUUAAGGCUACAAAAGAGAAAAUAGCCAAGAAAGAUGAAGAUUUGAUUUUUGUGAAAGAACCCACAAUACUAUUUGAUGAAGAAGAGAAUUUUGACCGUGGCGACGAUGGCGGUGGAGGGUUUUGUUCAGAGCAAUCGAAGCCUAUAGAGAGGCUGAAGGAAGUGGCGCCGCCGCCAUUCUUGAAGAAGGCAUUUGAAAUGGUGGAUGAUCCGAGUACAGAUUCUGUAAUAUCUUGGAGUUCAACAAGGAAUAGUUUUAUUGUUUGGGAUCCUCACAAGUUCUCCAUGGAUUUGCUCCCUAAACACUUCAAGCACAAUAAUUUCUCCAGCUUUUUUCGACUACUAAAUACUUAUGUUUUGAUUUUUGUACUGAACUCUGGGCCUCUUGUCAUAGUAUUAGUAGUUAGUCUCAAGUUUGGAACUCUGCUGCGUAUAAAAUCUCAAGUUUGGGUAAAGACGGAGGAGGGUUGCAUUACGGUUGAUAGCCUCGUAGAAUUUUAUGACACGAAUCUUAGUGUGCUAAUCUCGAAAAAGGAUUCAAGUAGUCGGUUUCACGAUGAUUUUAGCUGGGAAUUAAAUUUUGUAGAUGAGAAUAUAAUGGGAUCUUGUUAUGAAAUCGUCCAGGGUUUCAGAAAGAUCGAUGCCGAUAGGUGGGAAUUUGUGAAUGAGGGGUUUCAGCAAGGGAAGAUACAUUUGCUGAAGAACGUUAAAAGUAAAAAUCAACGUACCCAAAUCAUUCAUCAGAAAGUAGCAUCACAAUCUUGGUUAGACUCGUCCGAGUACGGGCUAGAAAAUGAACUUGAGAAGUUGAGGAAGGAUCAAGACAUAUUGAAAAUGGAAAUCUUGAAACUAAAGCAGCAGCAAGAGAACAAGGAAAAUUAUCUGCCUUCCAUUAAAGAUCGUCUGCAGAACGCUGAAACAAAGCAGAGAAAUACGGUAAGAUACUUGGUUAAAGUAUUGAAGGAUCUUCUCUUUUUGCAGUUUAUUAAGAAAAUGAAGCAGAAAAAUGUCCUAAACAGUGUUGGGAUGUUAAAGAAAAGGUGA